AUGCAGCAGCAGCAGCAGCAGCAGCAGCAGCAGCAGCAGCAGCAGCAGCAGCAGCAGCAGCAGCAGCAGCAGCAGCAGCAGCAGCAGCAGCAGCAGCAGCAGCAGCAGCAGCAGCAGCAGCAGCAGCAGCAGCAGCAGCAGCAGCAGCAGCAGCAGCAGCAGCAGCAGCAGCAGCAGCAGCAGCAGCAGCAGCAGCAGCAGCAGCAGCAGCAGCAGCAGCAGCAGCAGCAGCAGCAGCAGCAGCAGCAGCAGCAGCAGCAGCAGCAGCAGCAGCAGCAGCAGCAGCAGCAGCAGCAGCAGCAGCAGCAGCAGCAGCAGCAGCAGCAGCAGCAGCAGCAGCAGCAGCAGCAGCAGCAG